AUGACUUUCCCUAUCACUCCAUUGUUUGGUAAUGAUUACCAAACUACUUUGAAUACUAAGCCAUUUUUAAGACUUGCAGGUGAUAUUGCACUUGAUGCCUCUGCUUUCAAGAAUGAUGUAGAUGUUCUUACUGCGGUUAAAUUUUUAUUAGACGGUAUUGCUAGAACUGUCUCUUUAGUACUAACUGGCGACAAACAGUUCAACGAGGAUCAAUUGAUCAAUUUGUUAAACAACGGUGUAUCUAGUUUAUUCACCAACAAAACUGUGUCUUAUGAUUCUAUCCCAAGUACUAGAGUGUUAGAAAUUCCAGCUAAUAUUACAUUGACUAAGCAAAUCACUUUGCAAUCCUUCACUAAAAUAUUUUUAUCUCAAGUGAAGACUGAUAGAAAAGAUGGUCUAUACACUACUCUGGUGGUAGAUGACAAUGAACGUUGUCUAGGCCUAGUCUACUCUUCUAUUGAAUCUAUUACACAAGCUAUUGCUAAGCAAGUUGGUGUAUAUUACUCUCGUUCUAGAGGCGAAAUCUGGGAGAAAGGUUUAACCUCGGGUAACACUCAAUCUUUGCUAGCAGUUGACAUCGAUUGUGAUGCAGAUGCACUAAAAUUCACUGUAUCUCAAGUUGGAACUGGUUUCUGUCACAAUGGUACUAAAACCUGUUUCGGUGAUCUUGCUUAUGGUUUAACUGGUUUAGAACAUACUCUAAGUGAUAGAAAAGUUAAUGCUGUAGAAGGUUCAUAUACACAAAGAUUGUUUAAAGAUGAGACUCUAUUAAACGCCAAAAUCAAGGAAGAAGCAGAGGAAUUAACCGAAGCUACCACUAAGGAUGAAUUGGCUUGGGAAGCCGCUGAUCUCUUCUAUUUUGCAAUGGUUCGUCUUGUUGCAAAUGGCGUUAGUUUAGCUGACGUUGAAAGAAACUUAGGUAUGAAAAACUUAAAGAUUACCAGGAGAAAGGGUGAUGCAAAGGAGAAAUUUUUGGCUAAUGACACUAAGACCACAGAUAACACUGAAGAACCAGCUUCCAAGAAGGCUAAACUUGAAAGAACUUUAUGUUCUAAUGAUAAAAUAUAUUUAGAUGUUGUGCAAUCUACAGAUCUCGAAGGUGUCACCAAGGCUGUCACAAGACCUAUUCAAAAGACAUCACAAAUCAUGAACUUAGUUAAUCCAAUUAUUGAAAACGUUAGAAAUAUAGGUGAUAAAGCCCUUAUUGAAUACACCAAAAAAUUCGAUGGUGUCGAUUUGAAGACUCCAGUAUUAGAGGCACCAUUCCCAGAAGAAUAUUUAGAAGGUCUAACCGAAGAGAUGAAGGAAUCACUUGAUCUAUCCAUAGAAAAUGUACGUAAAUUCCAUGCAGCACAAUUACAGAAGAAACCAUUGGUGGUUACCACUCAACCUGGUGUCGUUUGUUCUAGAUUCCCUAGAGCCAUCGAGAAAGUUGGUCUAUAUAUCCCAGGUGGUACUGCUGUCCUACCAAGUACUGCCCUAAUGUUAGGUGUUCCAGCUCAAGUUGCUGGUUGUAAAGAAAUUGUCUUCGCCUCUCCACCACGUAAAUCAGAUGGUAGAGUCUCACCAGAAGUUGUCUAUGUCGCUAUGAAAUGUGGUGCCUCUAAGAUCGUCUUGGCUGGUGGUGCUCAAGCUGUUGCUGCUAUGGCCUAUGGUACGGAAUCUGUUCCAAAGGUUGACAAGAUCUUAGGUCCAGGUAAUCAAUUUGUUACAGCUGCCAAGAUGUACAUCCAAAAUGAUACUCAAGCUCUAUGUUCUAUUGAUAUGCCAGCUGGUCCAAGUGAAGUUCUUGUGAUUGCUGAUGAAGAUGCCGAUGUCGAUUUCGUUGCUUCUGAUUUAUUAUCUCAAGCUGAACAUGGUGUAGACUCUCAAGUUAUUUUGGUUGGUGUAAGUUUAUCUUCAAAGAAGGUUCAACAAAUCCAAGAAGCCGUCCACGAACAAGCUUUAGCUUUGCCAAGAGUCGAUAUUGUGCGUCAAUGUAUUGCUCACAGUACUAUCAUAUUAUGUGAUAACUAUACAGAAGCCUUCGACAUGUCUAAUAAGUAUGCUCCUGAACAUUUGAUUUUACAAAUUAACGAAGCAGACAGAUACGUUCCAUUAGUAGACAAUGCCGGUUCGAUAUUUGUUGGUUCAUACACUCCAGAAUCCUGUGGUGAUUACUCUAGUGGUACUAACCAUACUUUACCUACAUAUGGUUAUGCAAGACAAUACAGUGGUGCUAACACAGCCACAUUCCAGAAAUUCAUUACUGCCCAACAAGUUACAUCUGAAGGUUUGGACAAUAUUGGUAAGGCUGUUAUGUGUAUUGCUAAGGUUGAAGGUUUGGAUGGUCACAGAAAUGCUGUGAAAAUCAGAAUGAGUAAGCUGGGUUUGAUAUCAAAGGAUUUCGUGUAG